AUGGAAUCACCAUUGUCGCUGCUCCAAGUGCUUGGAUGUGUGGCCAUUGUUAUCCUCGCCUUCUCCCUCAAGGAUUAUUACCAGAGCGAUGAAACUGGCUUCUUUGCCGCUGUAGCUGUUGUUGGCCUUCGACCAGAAUGGUUUACCUGGUUACAAUCCACCGUCCGGUCCCUCUGGGCGACUCAAGGUUGGGCGUUUGACGGAUAUAACAAGUUCUCAAAAAACAACAUUCCGUUUGUAAUCCCAAGCAUUGAUCGUGGACCACUGGUAGUGAUCCCACCUCGACAAAUCAAGAAAAUUUACGACCUCCCAGAAAGUGUUCUCGAUGUACACAAUACUCAAAAUGACACGCUCCAAGUGAAAUGGACCAUUUGGGAUGACGAAGUAGGUGUAAAUAAUUUCCAGAUCAAGGUCAUCCGAAACCAACUCACUCGCAAUCUGGAGGUUCUGACACCUAUGAUUGCUGAGGAAUUGUCCUGGGGAUUUGAGCGAUUCUGGGGUACCGACACAAACGAGUGGAAACCAAUUCGAAUUUGGGAUUCUGCUUUGAAACUUAUCGCUGGUGCCGCAAACGGCGCCUUCUGCGGUGCCCCUCUCUGUCGUAAUGACAAAUUCUUGAAGGAUCUCCGCGACCACGCAAUGAGCAUCUUCGCCGGCGCGAUCAUCAUCAACUCCACACCAAAGAUAUUAAAGCCAGUUUCUGGAACUCUGGUCGGAUGGACCACUUGGUUUCUCUUUGAAAAGACAUUGAAAACUUGUUUACCUUUUGUAAAGGAGAGAUUGGCGGAAACUGCAAAGUUGAGAGAAAACCCAAGCUACAACUGGACGCCUCCAAAAGAUGCGCUGCAAUGGAUCAUCGAUGAGUGUUAUUUGACUGGAAACCCUGCUCAACUGGAUCCAAAGCGUGUCGCACAUCGACUUCUUCUCGUGAAUGAUAUCUCCCUACAUUCGACAUCAUUUACGGUUCAGAAUGUGAUCCUCGAUCUCUUCAGCCAAGACCCAUCGCUAGGAUUUGUUGAAGCUCUUAGAGAGCAGUGCGCGACGGUAUUAGCGGAGGCAGGAGGCUCAUGGACGCGAGACGCAGUAAGAAAAUUGACUCUUGUUGACUCCACGAUCCGAGAAUCGAUGAGACUUUCCCCCUUUGGAACUAUCGGAUUACCCAGAACAGUUGUUCAUCCAGAGGGAAUCAAACUUGAAAACACUGAUAUCACAGUUCCACCAGGUACAGUGUUGGCAGUGCCAAUGGAGCCUGUGCAUUACGAUGAAGACAUCUACCCCGAUGCUCGUAAAUUCAACGCGUUCCGAUUUGCUCAGCCAGGUGCGGUAAGAAAUAUUUUCGACUCCUUUACCUCGAAGGAAGAUAUGGAGGCAGCAAGGAUUUCCGAAGCCAACGGCGAUCCUAAGAAAGUCAAGUCUUCUGUAACACUCGACGAUGCUUUCCUGGGGUUCGGUUUCGGAAAGUACGCGUGUCCCGGUCGAUUCUUUGCUCUGAACGAGAUGAAAAUCUUCAUGGCACACAUGUUGCUGAACUAUGAUAUCGAGUACCUCAAAGUCCGACCGCAACAUAUGAACAUCAUUUCCUUGAAGCUGCCACUGAACAAGGGCACGAUUCGUGUACGUCGGCGGGUUGGCACUGUUGGGAAUUGA